AUACCACCGAAAAGGCGGGGGAAUUACUCACCCUCCACCUGAUAUUUAGACAAGCCUCACCAAGACGAGAAGCUGACCGGGUCGACCGGCUCAUCUCACGCCCGCCAAGACUGGGCAAACUGUGGCUGCGGCGCUAAAUGUACCAGAAUGGAUUCGCCCAGACUUAAGGCUGAGGAGAUCCCCAUCUCGACCCAGUCGCCCAGCAAUAACAUCGUGGUUCCGACCCUGGACGCGUACGUACGCACUCUGCUCAGGCGAUGAUCCGGAUGGUCGUUGCUCAAGGCCGUGAGGACUCCAACUGGCCUGCAGGAGACACACGCAAGGGCAUCUGCAUGGCCCCCAAAACGAAGAGCAGGAACAGUCACUAGAUAGAUAGUAGCCUAUCACCGUUGUAGCCUAUGCGCGGUGUAGACAGUCGCUGCCUCGGCCGUAAGAAUUGGACUAAGAGGGGCACACGAUUGAUGCUCCCAAAGUGACCACGGAUCCCCAACCGGAGAUACAUGAUUCCUCUUACAUGAUUGGAACCUGAUGUUUCAACUUUUUGAGGCUAGUAGCUUACCCCUCGACUGCCCCUCCUGGACAAUUCCGUGCCCAUCACAUCGCUCCACGAGGCUGUGGCUUGGUGCUUCUCGCCCUCACUGCCGCUCAAUUAUUCGGUUUCUCGUAGCGUCUAAGCGACGGUCUGUUCCAAUCAAAUCCCGAUCCAUCUAUUCUCCCCAGGCGCUGCCUCCUUUGCGCAGUUUCAGCUGGCCUGUGUCCACUCCCUUCACUGGAUGUGAUCUUCCCCUCGAUCCACCCUUUCACAGUCGGGAGCGAACCAUAUUGUUCUUUAUCCGACGCCCCCAAGACUUUCGAUGCAUUUCCGUGAGAUUAGACGGUGGGGCACUCUGAGGAUGGGCGAUGGAGGGGCGCCCCAAGAGAGCUGAAGAUGCUGAGUAGGGUUGUCCAGGCAGCACAUAUAUAAGAUGCUCUGUCCUCUCCCAUCGAGUCCUUCUUUUCUCUCUCUCUCAUCAAUCAC